UGUCCGCGGGACGUUGUCGAAGCGGGGAUUUGCGGCCCUCUUGGCUUCCCGUUCUCAGGCGCGGUGAGGGAGGGCGCCGAGGCUGCCAUAUUGAGUAGGCGGGCGGCCGCGGAGGGUCGGUGGGGCGCUGACGGCUCAGCGGGGCGGCGGCGGCAGCGGCGGCUGCAGGGGCGAGCAAUAUGUUAAGGAUCCCUGUAAGAAGGGCCUUAGGCCUUUCUAAGUCUCCUAAAGGAUGUGUUCGAACAACUGCCACAGCAGCAAGCAACCUGAUUGAAGUAUUUGUUGAUGGCCAGUCUGUCAUGGUGGAACCGGGAACUACCGUGCUCCAAGCUUGUGAGAGGGUUGGCAUGCAGAUCCCUCGAUUCUGUUAUCACGAAAGGUUGUCUGUUGCCGGAAACUGCAGGAUGUGCCUUGUUGAAAUUGAGAAAGCUCCUAAGGUUGUAGCUGCUUGUGCCAUGCCAGUAAUGAAAGGUUGGAAUAUCUUGACAAACUCAGAGAAAUCUAAGAAAGCCAGAGAGGGUGUGAUGGAGUUCCUAUUAGCAAAUCACCCACUGGACUGUCCUAUUUGUGACCAAGGAGGUGAAUGUGAUCUGCAGGACCAGUCCAUGAUGUUUGGAAGUGAUAGGAGCCGAUUUUUAGAGGGCAAGCGUGCUGUGGAGGACAAGAACAUCGGGCCAUUGGUAAAGACUAUCAUGACGAGAUGUAUACAGUGUACUCGCUGCAUCAGGUUUGCAAGUGAGAUUGCCGGAGUAGAUGAUUUGGGAACAACAGGCAGAGGAAAUGACAUGCAAGUUGGCACAUACAUCGAAAAGAUGUUCAUGUCUGAGCUGUCUGGGAAUAUCAUUGACAUCUGCCCUGUGGGUGCCCUGACGUCUAAGCCCUAUGCCUUCACUGCCCGGCCCUGGGAAACAAGAAAGACAGAAUCCAUUGAUGUAAUGGAUGCAGUUGGAAGUAAUAUUGUGGUAAGCACAAGAACUGGAGAAGUCAUGAGGAUUUUGCCAAGGAUGCAUGAGGACAUCAAUGAAGAGUGGAUCUCUGAUAAAACCAGAUUUGCCUAUGAUGGGCUAAAACGUCAAAGACUUACUGAGCCAAUGGUCAGAAAUGAAAAGGGGCUUUUAACUUAUACCUCCUGGGAGGAUGCACUCUCUCGUGUAGCUGGAAAGUUGCAGAGUUUUCAAGGCAAGGAUGUGGCAGCAAUUGCAGGUGGUUUGGUGGAUGCUGAAGCGCUGGUAGCUCUCAAAGAUUUGCUUAAUAGAGUGGACUCUGACACGCUUUGCACGGAAGAGGUCUUCCCCACCGCAGGUGCUGGCACAGAUUUGCGUUCCAAUUAUCUUCUUAAUAGUACGAUUGCUGGUGUGGAAGAGGCGGAUGUUGUCCUUCUGGUUGGUACAAAUCCACGUUUUGAGGCACCACUAUUUAAUGCUAGAAUUCGCAAGAGCUGGCUUCAUAAUGACUUGAAAGUGGCCCUUAUUGGCAGCCCAGUGGAUCUCACUUACAGUUAUGACCAUCUGGGAGAUUCCCCCAAAAUUCUUCAGGACAUUGCUUCGGGUAGCCAUCCAUUCAGCCAGGUCCUAAAGGAAGCGAAAAAACCAAUGGUGGUUUUAGGCAGUUCUGCACUCCAAAGAAAUGAUGGGGCAGCAGUUCUUGCAGCGGUUUCCAACAUUGCUCAAAAGAUGCGGAUGAGCAGUGGGGUGACUGGUGAUUGGAAAGUUAUGAAUAUCCUUCAUAGGAUUGCAAGUCAAGUAGCUGCUUUAGACCUUGGCUAUAAACCUGGGGUAGAAGCAAUUCGGAAGAACCCUCCCAAAGUGCUGUUCCUCCUGGGAGCAGAUGGAGGCUGUGUCACCCGACAGGAUUUGCCAAAGGACUGUUUCAUUAUUUAUCAAGGACAUCACGGUGAUGUUGGAGCUCCUAUAGCUGAUGUUAUUCUCCCAGGCGCUGCUUACACAGAGAAGUCUGCUACUUAUGUCAAUACUGAGGGCCGAGCUCAGCAGACUAAAGUAGCUGUGACACCUCCCGGCUUGGCAAGAGAAGACUGGAGAAUCAUCAGAGCCCUGUCUGAGAUUGCAGGUAUAACUCUCCCAUACGAUACUCUGGAUCAAGUAAGGAACAGAUUGGAAGAAGUCUCUCCUAAUCUUGUUCGAUAUGAUGAUAUCGAAGGAGCUAAUUAUUUCCAGCAAGCAAAUGAGCUCUCCAAGUUAGUGAACCAGCAACUUCUUGCUGAUCCGCUUGUUCCACCUCAGCUAACGAUAAAAGACUUCUACAUGACAGAUUCAAUUAGCAGAGCCUCACAGACAAUGGCCAAGUGUGUCAAAGCUGUCACAGAGGGUGCCCAGGCAGUAGAGGAGCCGUCCGUAUGCUGAAACGUCUGCUGGGAACCCAGUCUUGCCACAAAUAGUUAAUGGACGAUUAUGUUAGAAUGAUCUCUUAGAGGAUCAUCUCUUUAAAAACUGUCUGAAUGAUGUAAUAUUUAACCUUCUACCACGCUUAUUUGAAAAUGAUACUAAACAAAGGAAAAUGAUUACUGCAAUUAUCAAAGAAAUUUGAGGUUUCAAAACAUUUAUGUAUUGUGUGUAAACGUUGUUAGUUUAAUAAACAUACACAGAUGCUCUUUCAUGUAUAAGCAUUUGAUAAUCUUUGUGACAAAUACAAAGAAAAUCCUUAAAAUGUGAAUUUGUUUAUCUUCAUAGAUCAUUUGUAAAAUGGAUGAAAUAAGAAGAGCUUCCAUUAGCACCCACUUUUUUCUAGUGCUGAAGAAAAGAUGUAAGCAUUCUGUCAAGCUGGAUACACAGAAAAAAUAUAUGUAAUAUAAUCAUAUAUCAGAUAUGUAGCUUGGAAAUCUAAGUAAUAAUAAUCAUAGUCAUGUAGCUAAAGAUUAUUCAGCUUUGUCUGUGUGCUAAGCACUCUGGUUUUACACGCGUUAUCUUGUUUUAUUCUUGCUACAGCCCUAUCAUAUAGUAUUAUUUCAUUUUACUGGUGAAGAAACUGAAGCCCAGGGAUAUUAGAUAGCUUACCCGAGGCCACAGCAAAAAAGUCACAGACUCAAGCCUAGUUCUGACUCCAAAACCCAUUGUUCUUAACUACAAUGCAUAAUUUCUUCCCAUUACUACAUAUUCUAUAGGUUGUUACUUCUGAGUGUUGGUACUUAGGAGUUUAAUGGAUAACACAUUUUUCUGUUUUCUCUUGAGUCUGUUUAUAUAAUGUCAUGGUGAUUUAUGUGACAUUUUUCUUUGUAAAUAGAUUACACAUCUACACCCUUGGAAUGAGGAAGUAUCAAGAGAGAGAAUUUACGUCCUCAAUGAUGUUCCGUAUUUAUUAUAUUAACACCACCUGUAGUAUUAACUAAAUUAUUCCAGUAAUAGAAGACAAAACUAACAGCUUUCAUAAUUUCAAUUGUCGAAACAAAAAGGAAGCAAAAGUUUUGCAGUUAAUCUAGGAGAUAACCUAACCCUUUAUUAAACUUUUUUCAAAAUCUG